AAAAAAAAAAAUCCCGAGUGACACACUAGUAUUAUGCCUUCACAAAUCAUGAAACUGCAAGAUUAUUUCUAAAAUGAACAACAUUUUUGGGAACAAUUAUGAGCAGCAAACAAGGGGACGUGCACAGAUGUGAGCGCUUUCUCACCCCACUCCACAUUUGCCUGUGUGGCUAUGUCUUUAUGUUGCUUCUGCAGGAAAGGAUCCUUUGCUGCCCCACCAUUUGCCACAUCUGUUUGGAAAAGCAGGUUAAUUGCCAAAGUUUAGGUCUAAGCACUAUACCGAGGAGCUUUCCAAAAACAACCACUCUCAUAUAUUUGAGUGGCAAUAAUAUAACAAAUAUAAGCCCCAAUGAGCUGACAGAUCUGAAGCACCUAGCUGUGCUUUUCUUGGACAAUUCAAAAAUUUCAUACAUACAUCCAAAAGCAUUUUCCUCCUUGAAGAAACUGUACUCACUGUACCUAAAUGAUAAUUACAUCCAACGUUUAGAUACAUCGAUAUUUGAUGGACUUCUCAACCUUCAUUAUUUGUACCUUCAACAAAAUCAGAUUGAUCUCCUUCCUCAAGGGUUGUUUGGCCACCUGAAAUCUGUCCGAAAUUUAUACCUCCAGAAGAAUAGAAUUGGCAUCCUUGGCAGCGAUCUCUUUUUUGGAAUGUUUAACCUUCAUACUCUAAACUUAGCCAACAACAAUAUCUCACGGAUAUCUGACUCCGCAUUGCGUCACCUAGAAAACCUCGAAAAUCUAUACCUUGAAGGUAACCGUUUAAUGCAAGUCCCAUCCAAUGCUCUGGGAUUACUCAAAGGUCUCAAAAGACUUUCCUUGUCAAAUAACCAGAUUGGAUCUAUACACAAUUUUGCAUUCUUAGGACUUAACUCUUUGCAGUACUUGUUGUUAGAGAAUGCAAAUCUUCAGGCAUUCAGCGACCAGUCUUUUAAUGGCCUGAGUAAUCUCAAACAGUUGAUCCUGAGCCGGAAUGAGAUACGUACCCUUGAUUCAAAGACUUUUACUAGCCUCCAUCAAUUAGUUUACCUACAGUUGGACAGGAAUGGCAUAGUGGCUAUAUCAGAUGACACCUUUGAAGAAAUGGGUCCGUCACUAAAAGUUCUCAACCUUGCAUUUAAUAACUUGACUUCUCUGCAGCCUCGAGUGCUUCAACCUCUUGUCUCGCUAAGUCAUCUCCAGGCGAGUUAUAAUCCGUGGCACUGUGGAUGCAAUUUGUUGCCACUGAGAAGCUUCCUCCUUUCUUCAUCUUCUAGAUUCAGUUUGCAUUGUCAGAGUCCACCACAGCUCCAGAACCGGCCACUGGGCAAUGUGAAAUUGACCGAAUUUAGAAAUUGUAUGGACAAUACAACAAAUGUAUCACCCACGUUGUCUCGUAUAUUACCAACAAGUACAGAAAUGAUGCACGGCCACAUGAAAACCAUCACUUUCAAACCUCUACUAAGCUCUAUGAGCACCCAUAGAACAUUCUUUGCUCAAUCAACAUCUAUGGAGUCCAUUAACAUUGCACGUAGCAGUCCAGGUCGGAAUACUAACAUUUCAUUGUAUGAGAAGAUAGCCUUUCAUUUUCCACCUGUGAACCUAACCAGUAACGGUGUGAGCCCCACACCCCCAGACAUUGUUACUGUGUCCCUUAAACCUGUUGUCAUAUGCGAGCCAACAGCAGAAGACCUUCACCAGUCUUUCUACAUUUUGCUUUCAUUUUUCAUACUGUCUUGUAUUGUCAUUUUCUUUUUAGUAUAUCAAAUUAUUCAGCUAAAAAGGAAACUUAGGACUCCAGAACACCAAGGUGACAGCGUGCUGGAAUAUUACAGCUGCUAUCAGACUGGCAGGUACCAGACAACAGAUCCCAUACACUUCCCACCGCAGAACCCCUUGCCAACUCCUGAUAUUGACUUAAUAAGACCGUUGAAGCGCUCUCCAUCAGAUUCUCAGACCCAGGUCAUCUUGUUUGAGCAUUCUGCUCUCUAACUGAUUCCACUGGGCAGCAGGAAGAUUUACUGCAGAAGGGUCUUUUGUCAAUGCUUUUUCAGUGUUCAUUGGAUGUGUACGUUAGGAUGUUUCCACCAUGUAUAUCUGUAUGUCACUAUAUAGCCAUACAUAGUCUGUCACCCAUAAGGGCCCAUUGUAAAUAAAAAUAAAAACAUACAUGUAAAAUCCAGCUGACAACUGUGCAUGGAUAAUCCGUUAGGAAACUUCUCUGAUUAAGGGCUCAUGCACACUUCCGUAUUUUGUUUCCAUGUCUGUUCCGUUUUUUGUCUAUGGGGCCGCAAAAAAACGGAAAUGACUU